CCAGCUGCGAGUCGUCCAGUUGGUUACGUUCUCAAGCAGAGGCAGGUCGCAGCUCGCUAAUGGUGUCAGACCCGCUUCCCAGCUCUCCAGAACAGUGUGUGGAAAAUUGAAUUGAAAAAGAGUGGUUAGAUGAGACUAUAGUCUUCUGCAAGAGGCUUCAGGCAACUGCAAUAGGUUACAAGUCUAGAAGAAGGCAACAGGCUUCUCCAAGAUGCUACGGUGAACUGCAGGAAGAUACAGUCUACUAUAAUAUGUUACAUUCUGUUACGAACGCUCCUCGCUAACCCAUCAGAAUGAACAAGGCGGACCAGGUGAGACUGGGCCUGCUGCUGUGUGUGUGGACAGGAACCUUCCUCUUCUUCUUCGACAACUCCACCGACAUCCGCAGGCCCUGUGGCUUCAGGUGCUCUGAGGGCAACGAGACCCGAUCUCUGAUCAACACUCCCGGCUGCGUCAUACCUGAUUUUCCUUGGCAAGAGGUCAUCAGUUAUGAGCACACGGCAUUUAAGAGCUACGAGUGCUCCAAGCAGCCCCAGCUCACAGAGGAGCAAGGUCAACACCUUGUGUUCUACAAGGACCGGAUCGCUUACUACAAACUGACCUACGACGCUGUAAAUUGCACCUACCAGGCUAUCGGGCAGGAUUAUGGGAAACCUUCACUGCAAGAGAUGGUUGCCAUAGUGAAGGAACGGACACCAAUAGUUGACGAAGGAAUACUGGUGACUUGUGUCAACAACACAGGCGGUAACAACACUAUUUUCUACCAGACUGUCCACACCUUCGUGCAGCCCAGAACGGCCAGGAGGAAGAGAGAAAUGUUCAAGGAGAAGUUUGGAAGCCGCAGUGAUCACCCGGAGAAGCUGAGUGUGUUGGUGCUGGGCACGGACGCCGUGUCUCGCUACAACGCCAUCCGCCACAUGCCCAACACCUACCACUACGUCACGGAGCAGCUCGGAGCCCUCGACUUUCGUGGCUACAACAAAAUAGGUGACAAUACAAUAACAAACAUCUACGCAUCAGUGUUUGGCCACACCGAAAACGAGUUAAGUAAACAUGAGUGCUUACAAAACACUUCCUUUUUGGACAACUGUUCGAUUGUAUGGAAAGCUUUUGGCGAUGAAGGAUAUUUAACUGCUUUCGGAGAAGACGUAGUUCCAGGGGGGAUUUUUGACUCUGCUCACAAUGGAUUUGUAGACCAGCCUGUCGACUUGUCUCUCCGGAAUGCAUUCAUAGUGGCCGGGAUGAAAGAAGCACGCGGGUUUAAGCCCUCUAAGCGUUUAAUCGAUACUUUGUGUGAGGGACCAAUCAUGAGGAUAUCGCUAAUCCACAACUACUCGUUGGCCGUAGCCGAGGAGUUCCAGGACGUGCCUUAUUUUGGAUUUUACCGGAGUUCAACUGUGACUCAUGACUCAUUUACGAUGCCAUGGGUCGUCGACGAUCACUUACUGAGCUUGAUGACUCAGUUCCAGGACAAUGGCUAUCUCAACCACACCGUCGUCCUCCUCGUCAGCGACCAUGGCCAUCGCUAUGGUCCCUUCCGUAACACAUACAUGGGCCAGAUAGAUGAGAGAUUACCCUUCUUGUUCGCUGUCUUCCCUCCGUGGUUCAAGAAGGUCUACCCUGUGGCCUGGGAGAACCUGGUCACCAACACUAGACGACUGAUCUCCAACCUGGACAUCCACGAGACACUUCACAGUCUGGCCUCGGGGGACUUCGCCACCAACACAAAACGGUCCAAAAAGCCUGGAAGAGGCCAAAGCUUGUUCGAAGAAGUCCCGGAAUCACGGACUUGUGCCGAUGUAAACAUUCCGGAUAACUUGUGUACGUGUGAGAAGUCCGACCCAGUAAGUAUAGAGGACCCCGCCGUCACGGCUGCAACUCACGCGGCUAUUUGGGAAAUUAAUCUGAGCCUCAAGAGAUUUCCAAAAUGUGCCUUCCUGAUGCUGGACAAGGUCCUGAAUGCCCGUCAGAUGGUUCCUAAGAACUUUACACACCCACAGUCAGAGGCGCACAACGCCACCACUUAUAUACUGGAGUUUCAGACUUGGCCAGGCGGGGCGAUGCUGGAGGCGAUGGUGAGGAAGCAGCACAAGAAGUUCACGCUGGUGGGCGAGGCGCUGAGGACCAACAGCUACGGCGACCAGAGCCACUGUUUCAACCGCUCUACCCUCAGGAAGUACUGCUUCUGUAAAGACCUUCUCCAGUCACAAGACACCAGCGUCGUCGGCCACAACGCCACCCUCGCCUACACCAGGAACAAUGCCAGUCAUGCUGAUUAAGCUUUUGUAACUCAUACAAGGGAAGCUAACUCCUCAGCUCACACAAAGGAAGGCAGCGACUCAGCUCUCACAAAGGAAGGCAGCGACUCAGCUCUCACAAAGGAAGGCAGCGACUCAGCUCUCACAAAGGAAGGCAGCGUCUCAGCUCUCACAAAGGAAGGCAGAGACUCAGCUCUCACAAAGGAAGGCAGCGACUCAGCUCUCACAAAGGAAGGCAGCGACUCAGCUCUCACAAAAGCAGCUCACAAGUAUAUCCACAAACGCAUGUGACUAUACCUGCUU